UGCUGAUCUGGGAGUUUGACUUGCAAUUACAGAUUCCAUGGAGGGAAAUGGAAUUCAAAUAGCCAAUGCAAAAUAUUCUUCUUUAAUUUUUUCAUUAAUUAGGUCGCUGUGAAAUUAAAUCCGCAUUGUGUACCACAAAACAGGAUAUUUAAACGGGAACGAGAGGUAGUAUGUGUGAUUCUCUUCGGUCCUGUAAAUGGUGUGACUGGAAACGCUAUAGGCAGAUAGACUGGUUAUUAGUUUUAUUGUUUUGUGGAAUUUGAAGACAGUGAGGGCUGAAGAAUGAACAGACUUUGGCUUGAAAAGUGCUCAUGUGUGCUGCAGUAGUGAGGGAUAGAAUGGUUUCUUGGACACACUGGGAAUCAAGAGAGCCAAAAGUGGAGUCACAUGGACGACUGCAGACAUCACAUUUAAUUGUGUAAUAAUACUACAGCAAGCACAAUUGGAGCAGGCUUGCUGACCUCACAGCUGAAAGCACUAUUUAAGGUCUGGCUACCAGAUGUUCCAAUAGGAUCUCGCCAGCUGCUAGCAGAGGUUACCUUUAGUGUUUUAACAGGGAAUAUUUACAGCCUUAUAGUUCGGAAGAGAUGAUUGCACUAAUUUUCUUUUCUGCCCUGCUGUGGAACAAGGCUGAAGCGUGGGGAUUCAAGGACGGAGUGCUGCACAACUCUAUUUGGCUAGAACGAGCAGCUGGAGUGUAUCACAGGGAGUCGCGCUCUGGGAAGUACCAGCUCACCUAUGCGGAAGCAAAAGCAGUCUGUGAAUACGAGGGAGGACAUCUAGCCACGUAUCAGCAGCUGGAGGCGGCAAGAAAAAUAGGUUUCCACGUGUGUGCUGCUGGCUGGAUGGCAAAGGGCAGAGUUGGUUAUCCCAUAGUAAAAGCUGGGGCCAACUGUGGCUUUGGAAGAACCGGUAUUGUUGACUACGGGAUUCGCCUCAACAGAAGCGAGAGAUGGGAUGCCUACUGCUACAACCCUAAUGGAAAAGAAUGUGGUGGAGUCUUCACAGAUUCGAAACACGUUUUUAAGUCACCAGGCUACCCAAAUGAGUAUGAAAAUGAUCAAAUUUGCUACUGGCAUAUUAGAGUAAAGUAUGGACAACGUAUUCACCUACAGUUUCUAGAGUUUGAUGUUGAAGACGACAUUGCUUGUAUGGCUGAUUUCUUGGAAGUCUACGACAGCUAUGAUGAUAUCAAUGGCUUUGUGGGCAGGUUUUGUGGAGAUGAGUUGCCGGACGAUAUCAUUAGCACAGGCAAUGUUAUGACCUUGAAGUUUUUGACAGAUGCCUCAGUGACUGCCGGUGGUUUUCAGAUUAGAUAUGUUACUAUGGACAUGCCUUCAAAGCCGAGUGACGGGAAGAAUACAACAUCCCAAGCUAAACCAAACUUCUUAUCUGGAAAAUUUGGUAUUAUGUGAGCAGACUAAUGAGAUACACUCAUUCAGAAACAUGUUUUAGAACCCCGUUCAGAUACGUGUUUCUUCAGACAUUUUCUCCAUAUCUUUCUAACUUCUUAUGUCCUGAUUUUAUGUAAGUUUUGUUAAUAGAGUAUACUAGGAAAUAAAUUAUAAAAUAUACUUACAUGAAUAACAGACUACUUUUAGGUUACGAGUACUGUAAAAAAUCUGAAGAAUUCAUUGUUACCAAAGAUUUAAAAAUUAUUUUUCUAUAUAAACUGGUCCUUCUCCUCAUUUCUUGCAUCAUUUGAACAAACUUUUGGUGUGACCAUUUCAAUUAUUUUUAAAUUUAAUAUGCUAUCCUUAUUUUCCUGUAGAGUAAGCUUAUUCUAGAGAUACAGAAAUUUAUCUUGUGGGUGGCCUAGUGUCACCCAUGUAAUUGUCUGAAGUCAGAAGACUGGCAAGCAGCAUGGACAGCACAGAAUCAAUGAUAUUAUCAUCAUAAUUUUGUUGUCAGAUGAAUCAGAAACUACUCAGUGAAUUUUGCCAGGGUUUCCUCAUGCAGAGAAAAGAUGUUCAAGUCCUUUCACUUCUCUGAUUUCACUUAGUAGGGAAUGAAGUGAAAGACGGGGCCAUGAUAAUAAAGCUGGUGAGAUGAAGCACCAAAAGAAAUUGCUAACCGAGUACCAGCAAAUCCGUUCAGAAGAUGCUGGUGAGAUGCUCUAUGUUGUUUACACGGGUUUUAAGAAGACUGUACUAUUUUGAAUUGAUGAACAUAAGUCAUUCUCCGUAUGUUUUUAACUUCAGUUUAAAUUCCUCAGUCUGAAGCAGCAUUAAAGCUACCUCUGUUUUAAUCGUGUUGAGUUUCCAAUGAAUUCUUUUUAUUUCCUGAGAACUUUUCAGGCUUUGAAACAUUUUCCUUGAUUUAAAGCAGUAAAUAAGUUUUAAGAGUU